AUUAAUUUUAGCUUUGUAUGAAAUCUUUUGAAGAGCUGGACCUUAGACAGCAAGAUAUGUAUCAAAUUUCCUCACACCGUUAGAAAGAGGAUUGUCAGUAAGAGUGGGUCAAAGCAUCAUGAUUCUCUGUCUUUGUUUCCAGUUAAUGCUAUGUCUGUUUAUACAUUAUUCUGUACCUCGUACUGGUGCUGUAAUUAUUCCUCUCCCAGCCGCUACCAUUUUUCCAUCAGGUUCUGUUGUUCCCAUUGUUGAUCAAUCCUUCAAUCUCAACUGUACUGGGACAGGAACCCUCCGGUGGUAUAGAGGGUUUAAUUUGGACACUCCACUUGACAGAUACACUCAGCUUAUUGACAGCAUUAACAAUACUUUAUCACUGAUGAUUACUUUGAGUGAUGAUGAAUCAGGACAGACUGAUGAGAGGAGUCAUACUUAUUUCUGUACUGCUAAUAAUUCACUUGGUGUGGCUAGGAGUCAAUCAGUACUGACACCAUUUUUCCAAGGAUUUGGUGAUAUUGACAAUACUACAGUGAUAGUAAGACUAGGAGAAGCUGUUGCAUUGCUGUGUAAUGUGACACAGAGGCCAGUACCUACCAUUGUAUGGUAUAAGAAUGACACAAUUAUAGAACCUAAUACAGUCAAUGAUACGAAUCCCAAGUACAUAUUAUUAGAUGAUGGACAGCACUUAGUUAUAUAUAAUUUGGUUAAUGAUGACAUAACUGCUACUUAUAAAUGUGGAGUUAUUAAUGUUGUUAAUCCACAAAAUUCAAGCAAUAACUACACAUUGUAUAAAGUUAAUACAAUACCUGGUGGUAUGAAUGCUUUUAUAGCAUAUCGUCGUCCAGUUACUAAUCAAUUUGUAUCUAGUCAAGAUUCUACUAUUUCAUAUUUUUACAUUGCUGCAACUAAUGGUGCUACUGAAGUUGGUGGUAGUGGUGCUAUUACUCCUACAAUGCAAGAUGGGAACUUACUUCGAAUAAGAUUUACGAAUACUUUAGCCUCAACACCUGGUCUUAAUGUGAUUCUGGAUCGAGAUAGUAUUAAUGUUGAUACCAGUGUAACUGUGGGAUAUACUGUUGUAGAACCUCUGAGUGUAGUAGAGUUUCCAUCAGUAAAGAAUGCCUCUUCAUUUCGAUAUUAUGAAUUAGAAAACAUCAACUUUACAUGUAGAGCUAAUGGAACAGAUGUAAAGCUACGAUGGUAUUUCAAUGGACUACAAUUAACUAAUAACAAUGAGACUUUGAUACUAAAUGAUCUAUCUCCAGCAAGAACUGGUGUAUAUCAAUGCUUAUGGGAAGGAUUCUUUGAUAAUGAGAGAGAAUCUGUAUCUUGGGCACUCUCUGUACAAAUUAUAGAUAUAUUAGGACCAGUUCAUAGUAUUCAAUCAUCAGUAUACAAUUGUUCUACUGUCAAUAUCACUUGGAAUAGUCAAAAUGGAGUCAUCAAUAGUCCAAAUGUUUUUUACCGCCUGAAAAUAUAUGAUGAUGUCACUGGUUCUUUAAUAGAUGCUGUAUCAGUAUAUGAUACUAAUUAUCAGUUUGUGGAUAAUGACUUAUUCACUCAUCGCUAUACUUAUGUUAUAAAUGAAGCUACUCCAAUUAAAGAGGGAAUAUCUGAUAACAAUACAUUCUCAUAUCAAAGAGUUCCUACAUCAGCUACAGUAAACACAUCAAUUGAUGUACUUUCUUAUACACAAGAUAUGAUUAUUGUCCAGUUCCAAAUCCCAAUUGUACUGGAAUGUGCUCAUGAAGUUCUUGAACAUGUUACUGUGUCUGUAAUAUGUAGUGGUACUGAUGUCUAUAGCAAUGUCACAUACUUCAUAAAGGAUAUGAAUAAUAUAAAAGGGUUGGUAUUGGUACCUCAGUAUCAACAGUGUAACAUCAGUAUUGCCUUCACUAAUGAUGUUGGUAGUAGUGAACCAUUUAUAGUACCACUUAAUACUAUUAUUAUGUAUGCUACCACUACUAAUACUGUCCCUACUACUUCAUCAUUCCCUACUGCUACACCAUCAUUCACUAUGAACAGCAAUAGUGUUACUGUUGCAAGUGCAGUGACCAUGUCAUUAUUGAGUGCUGUCAUAAUAUCACUAAUAAUAUGUCUUACUAUAUCAGUCAUUUAUAUUAUCUACAAGAAGAAAGCAUAUAAGACUCCUUCUUCACAGCAUCAUGAGAUAGCUACUGCAAGCAAUGAAGCAUAUCAGUUUCAUAGUUUAAUGACUGAUAAUAAUCCAGCUUAUGGUAGAAUAAGAGGAAGUGUAGGAGUUGUUGACAGUUCAGUUACUAAUGACAAUCUUCUUGAAGAAAGAUGAAACGUGAUGUGAAUUAUGCAUUAUAACAGUAAUUAAGUUAUGGAGAAUUUAUCAUAAAAAUCAUAA